AUGCGUAACGAAAUGAAAGAAGUGAAAAGGCAAGACACUCGAAACAUCCCAACUCCUCCCCAAAUUCUGGAGACGCGAUGGCGGCCACAAGCAAAAACCUCACAUUCCACGAGCGAUGAUCCCGGCUUUAUCACGACCCACACACCGGAAGCAUCUCAUGCGCCUACACCAGACAAGCAGCAACCAACCCCCAAAGCCUCACCACUCAGACCCAAAUGA